GAGCAGAAGCAGCUCCUGGCAAUAAGGAACAAACGAAAAAAGGCAGAAGAUUUGUAGCAUAUAAAAGACUUGGGUGUCUUUGAGCAGAUCAAAUGAUUUUUGUUUUUUUGAGUGAUAAAGAUAAGUGUUCCGAUAAGGCACUUGUUUAGCUAAAGCUUCGAGACAAUGUGGUGAAAUUUUGAAAACGGAAAGUGUGCCGUAUUCUGAGGCAAGAACAUAGUGAGCAUUUGGAUAGAAACCAUGACGAUGAACCAAGUAUAGUGAGUGUGAUCGAGUCUAGUUGCGACACUCAAGUGCUACGAGAGUUUGUGCUAUUGUGUGAUCAAAAAAACGCGUUCCCGAAGCGAAUAAAUUGUGGAUUUAAAGUUGAAAUAAAAUAAGGACACUCUUUUUUUGUCGAAAAUGAUGUUGGAAAAUAUCGACCUCGAUCUCUCCGACUGCACAAGUCGCAUUUCGACCACCUUCUCGAUCAACUCAACCGGUCGAUCACCGGCCAGUCGCCUGGCGGAACAACGACAACGUAGUAUCCAACGCCGGCAGCAUAUUGCACCACUAAGAAUGGACGUAAAAUUCCUGGCAUCUCCCGGCAAGGAAAAUCUUCCGACCGAAGAGGAACUCUCGUUCUAUCAUGGAAACAGUCCACAGGCCAGUCCACGACCCUGCAGUCCCUGUGAUUGCCCCGAAGAGGGUGAACUGCUCGCAUCGGAAAUCACCCCCAACAAACAAACCAUCAUGGGUGCAUUUACCACCAUCGGAAGUGCCAAUCGGCAAAGGCGACCACUCGAGGACUACGAUCCCAACUCGAUGGACUCCGGCUAUGGUGCAAGUGUAUCCAGCAAUGGCUCCAAGAGUCAAUCGAUGUUUCGCUUCAUUCAACCAUCUGCCCCACGACAAAACUCGACGUCCACCUCGCCAGCUGCUUCCAUGCGCAUCCUCAGCAGUAUGUCUUCCGGGUCGAUGGAAUCGAUGGACGACAUCGAUAUGGAACUGUUCGAUAUGGACACCCUCGAAGAUGAUGACGCCCAAUUGCCAAGCAAUCUCAACUCACUGAUCUGCGGCGACAUCAAGGCUACUAAAACCACCCCGGAAAACAAACGGCCCUUUUUCCGACGUUGCCUUUCGGAUAACCCAACCGUAAGAAGAGUCAAGAGUAACCUCCUUUUUGAGUCACCCGUUGCUGCCAGUCAUUCACCUGUGGCGGUGGUAAUUAAAACCCCGGAACGAUUCCCGAUUGCACUGGACCAGGAAAAUCUGAGCCCGAGCCCAUUUCUCUUUCGAUCGGAUGCCGCCCGUUGCUUCAAACGGCCCGAACCACCCGGUGUCAGUCCAAUCCAGAGCAAACGCCACAAAACGGAAGUUCUAACCCCCAUCAGUUCGUUACGCUCCGCCGAAAAUACCACCACCGAUAACAAUGCCGCCACCCAAACGUUACUGCCACCGAAGCGGCCAAUCCUGCAAAAAUCAAUAUCCAUGAACGAUGCCCAAAUCAUGAGCGCCCUGUCACGAUCCUCCUCCGAACCGGACCUAAUCGGAGACUUCAGCAAAUCGUACAUCCUCCCAAUCGCCGAAGGCCGCCAUCGCGACCUAAAAUCCAUCUCCCCGGACACGAUGGCAGCUCUGCUGCGUGGUUCCUUCCUGGAGCAAGUCGCUUCCUUCAAUGUCAUCGAUUGCCGCUAUCCGUACGAGUUCGAAGGAGGACACAUCCGUGGCGCAAAGAACCUCUACACCCAGGAUCAGAUCCUGGAAGAGCUGAUCAAAAUCAAGACUGAGCCCCCGAAGGUCGAAGCUGACGGACCCAAGCGAAACAUUAUCGUAUUCCACUGCGAGUUCUCCUCCGAACGAGGCCCUAAACUGUCCCGCUUCCUGCGCAAUCACGAUCGCAUUCUCAACUCGGACAGCUACCCCGCAUUACACUACCCGGAGAUCUAUCUGCUACAUGGCGGCUACAAGGACUUCUUCGCCAUCUAUCCGGAUCUGUGCGAUCCAAUCGCCUACCGGCAAAUGUUGGACCCGGAGUUCGGUGAUGCGUACCGUCAUUUCCGUGCCAAAAGCAAGAGUUGGAAUUCCGGUGAUUCAGUGCGGGGAUCGGCCAUGGCUGGGUCUAGUUCCGCGACUGGAGCCAUCCGUGGCAGUGGUAGCAAUCGGCUGGUGAAGUCACGCUCCCGGUUAGUACUGUAGGGUGGGGCGGGUCGUCGUCGUCAAAACAACAAAUGCAGCGAAUAGAUCGAUAAGACUGAUGGUCAGGAACGGCCGGGUUGUUGGAAGCGAGGCAAAAGAAGUUAACGUUUCCUUUUUUUAAAUUUUUUUAUUUGAGUUUAUAUUUUAUUGUAAAAACGUUACACACACUUUUCUGUUCGUUUCGACUUUAGUUUCUUUAAUAUGUUUUUUUUAUUUGCUACUGCAACAACUUUUUUUCAAUUUGGCAAUACUAUUCCGACACGGGUGGAAAGGAGAGAGAGAAAGAUAAAUUUUUGCUAGGAAAAAAUUAGACGAAAACUUGAACUCUUUCGACGCGGUUUAGCGAUGCCCCCUCUUAUAUAUUUGUUAUCCCCAUAUUUUAUCUGUGAUUUAGGUUUUGCUUCGUUCUGACUUUCUUUUUUACAACUGUACUAAGUUGCAUAUUUGUUCGAAAAUAGACCUCAUAUUAUAACAAAAAGGCACCCGACGAAAGCCGUUAGGACAAUACACAAUUAGCUAUAUUUGUUACGAGAUUCGAACACUGAAUUAAUCGACGUUGCUCGACUAGAAAGAGAAGCAACUGAAGCAUUUCCUUGCUAGACAAAAAAGCAAACCCACUUUUCAUUUUGGGCAAAGAGAAAAGUUUGUAAAAGACUGUAAAACAUUUGUAAAUAAGUAAAUAACAGAUUACUCUGUGUACACUUGAACAAAAAAAAACAUUUUUCACGACAACGCACCCCCAAUGAACUAACAUAAGACUAAGGUAAACCUACGAAAUUCUCUAUUUUAUUUGUUUACUUUUCCGGCAACUUAACGAAAAAGGCUUCUGAUGUUUAAAGUUGUUUUACGUAAGAAGUUUUAUUUUUUAGUUCAUUUUAAUCGGUACUCCUGAACAUAUUACCUAUGAAUAGUAAACAUCAACAGACAAGUGCAAAUUAAUUAGGUUUAAAAAAAGUUGCCCUAUAUAUUUCGCGAUAAUCGAAGCCUACCUAGCGUGCCGCUCAAUCGUUUUUUUCUCAACAUUUUCGAACAGAGUAGAAUCCAUGGAUACGUGUGACCGAGUUCUUUGUAAAAGAAAUGGUCACACACUGAAAAAAGCUAUAUUUUUGUCCAAGACAAACACAGAUAGAUAAACGUUCGUGGGGCCUAAAUGCAGAGUGAGCUGGCUAGCGGCAGGGCACUUAUUCGCUGUAAAACAAUCCUACUCUUUAUAUCGUGUUCGUUGUAUUUCAUUCAGUGUUGCUUUAACCGCGUGUGUGUCGAGUUUGUUUUAAAACUUUUCCCAAUUUUCAAGUAACAAAAUUAUUACAAGAGAAUUUCACGCUCUUAAUUACAAAAUUUUUGGACUGAUUUUUUUUUCGAUCAAAUAAAUUACAAAAUUAUAGAUUAAUAUAUUUAAACAAAGAGACUAUUUCCGGCAAGGAAGUAAAGAAAAUUUGAUAAACACUGUAAAAUUAACUUAAAGAAAACUAAAUGACAAAUGUGUGCAAGAAAUAAAAUAGCAUAUUACCCUUAUUAGAUCAUAAGCAUUAUGGUUAAGCGUACAAACAAAAGUCUUAAAUUAAUUAUUUUAUGCCUAGCGUAAUUGUAAAUGUAGUACCAGGCGAGUAUGGAAACCUUUGUAUAUAUUUCGUUUCGUUCCACGAGAGAAGAGUGAAUGUGUCGCACAAAACUACGAGACCGCGUUUAAGAUUUGUCGCAGUUUGGAAAUAAAUAAUUUUGAAAAUUAAAA